AAAAACCUUUGUCUUGUAAGCGACUUCAUUUUCACAAUUGCACAUGACCAAUGUAUUGGAUUUAGAGCAACAUAAUUAGAUGCAGCACACUUGCAUCACACAUUAUUACUAUUAUUAUUGUCAUCAUCAUUAGGGUUUCUCUUACAUGGAGAACUAGAGAAGAGAACCCUGUAAGUAUAACUCAGCUAUCUUCUGAGAUUUGAAGAAUUUCAAAUUUUCAACCACUAAGGUAGGUCAACUGAAACUGCAACGUUGACAUUUCUCAACCAUGCAUCCUUCAAAGCUAUGUUAUUGACUCAUCCAUGCUCUUCAAAUAUCCAAGAGAAAAUUUUGAGCCAAUUUGUUUUCUUUCUUUCUUUCUUUCUUUCCUUCUUUCCUUUUUCUCUGUUUGUUCUCUUCUAUUAUUCCAAUUCCUUGUUUUUUUUCACAAUGCAUGAGUUGGGUUUAGUACUAUAACAAGCAAUGAUUAUAGUUUUGUUCAAAAGCACUGCAUAGUUGAAACUCUCUCUAGUGAUUGAUUGUUAGCUCAAAAUUCAUGGGUCUAAUUUGAAUGCCAUGUUUAUGAAAAUGCAUUUGCUUCACUCUCAAAUCCACCAAAGCAAUGGUGCUAUCACCAAUCCUCCAAUUUUUUCUCCCUAUUCACCUUCUUCUUCUUCCCCUUCAUUACCUGACAAUUCUAACUACCAGAAACAAUCAGCUUCUUCAUCUGGGAAUAGAAUAAGCCCUGCAGUUAUUUUCAUCAUAGUAAUUCUAGCUGUUGUGUUUUUCAUCUUGGGCUUCCUACACUUGCUAGUUAGAUUUCUCUCAAAGCAUAGGUCCUCUUCAUCAAUUUCUGAAUCCAACAGAUACCCUGAAAUCUCUGAAUCUGAUGCUUACCAGAGACAGUUGCAGAACCUCUUCCAUCUUCAUGAUUCAGGCCUGGAUCAGGCUUUCAUAGAUGCCCUCCCAGUUUUCUAUUACAAAGAGAUAAUAGGCUUGAAAGAGCCAUUUGAUUGUGCAGUUUGCCUCUGUGAGUUCUUGGAACAGGACAAGCUGAGAUUGCUCCCAGUCUGCAACCAUGCUUUUCACAUAGACUGCAUAGACACAUGGUUACUGUCCAAUUCAACUUGUCCUCUAUGCAGAGGGACUCUCUAUGCAUCUGGAUUUUCAUUUGAGAAUCCUGUGUUUGACUUUGAGGGUCCAAAGGAGGAAGAUGGGGUUUCAGUUUCAGGUAGUGGUGGUUCUGUUAACAAGCCUAGUGAGAAUCACAUAAUGAGUGGGAAGAGGGUGUUUUCUGUGAGGCUUGGGAAAUUCAGAAGCUCAAAUAUUGGAGUUAGUGUGGAAAGAUGUGAAGGAGAGAGCAGUAAUGGUAAUUUGGAUGCAAGAAGAUGCUAUUCAAUGGGUUCUUUUCAGUAUGUUGUUGCUGAUUCAGAUUUGAGAGUGGCUUUGAGAUCCAGUAGAGGUGAUGGUAGCAUGAGACAACAACUCAAGGGAAUAGCAGCCACAAAUUUGAUGAGUUCUUCAACUGAUGGGGAUGUUGAGGGUAAAAAAAUCAACAAUGCAAGGAAAGGUGAAAGCUUUUCUGUUUCCAAGAUCUGGCAAUGGUCUAGGAAAGAAAAGUUAACAAGUUUAUCAGAUACCCAUUUUCAUAAUUCAACUGUGACUGCAACUUUGCCAUGGAUCAAUAAAGCUAGAGUUUUCUCUGGAGGCUUGCUUUAUCACUUUUGGAUUAAAAAGAAGUAAAAGAAAGAAGGAAGUAUUCCAUUCCUUCUUUUGAUGUUGGGCAUGACCCUCUUUUUGGAUGGUUUGAGUACCAUGAUCAGGAGUGGAAACUGAAAUGUGCCAAUGUGGGGUGGAGGAAUUGUUAAGAUCAGGACUGUGGAGUGCUCUGACAUGAGUGAUGAGUCAGUGGAUGUUGGUGGGGUUCUCUACUAAAGGGUGCAUUUUUUUGGGUGUUAGAAGGGCUCCCCUGGCACCAAGUGAUUAAUACAUAUUGAGACAAACAGGCCAUUGAAGUGAAUUGAAGACAAAAAUCUUUGCACUGUUUGAGCUGGAUUGGCGGUGGGGCAAAGAAAACAACAACAUGGUGGUUAAGCUUAAAUUAAAAGGGCAGUUGAGUGAUUGUGAGUGUUGUAUGUGACAGCAAUUGCGAUGUUGAAAUCAAGAUAUAUGUUUCAUGCGUUUCAGAGUACAAGAUAUGUCUCUAGCAGCUUGCAAUUGAAUUAAUCCAACGCGCGCACUCUUGAUAAUUUACUAAAUAAUAAAAGUAGCUUAACCA